GAACAGGAAGUUGAUGUUCUACUCCCAGAGGUCUUCGCUUCAUCCUGAUACUGAUAGUGGUUAUUACUUUUUGUUGAAUAUCCGAGAAGAUGCCUAUGUAGUAUAAAUUUAUUUCGGAUAUUACUUUUGCAAGUAUUUUUUGUAUAAAAUGUUUAAAAAGGUGAAGAGAGUGAAUUUCAGACGACGAAAUAAUUCUGAGGAGGAGGAGGAUAGCGUUUCGUCGCCACAGUCUUUAGCGUGCACAACUGCUGAAGACAGUGUGCUUUGCCAUUCGGAGCCUGUCUCACAGGAUACUGUAAACGAGCUACAUCAAGGGAAUGGGGUCCAGAGUGUUCAUCCUUUAUUAAGGGAGAAGAAGAAAAAAAAUAAAGAAAACAAAGACGCACCUAAAGCAAGCUUGCUCAGCUUUCAAGAUGAAGAAGAUGAUAAUGAGGUUUUCAAAGUGAAGAAAUCGAACUAUAGUAAAAAAAUAGUUAAACAGCUGAAGAAAGAGUACAAAGAUGAUCUGGAGAAAAUAAGCAACUUAAAACAGGAUCUAGGAUGUGCAGCAGAAGAGACAGUUGUACCAUUUGAACAAAUAAAGGAAGAGCAAGUGCAAGUGGAGAGCACUUUGAUCAGUGCAGAAAGGGGUGAGGAGGAAAUGGAAGUUGACAGCAAUGAUGAAUCGGAUUACCAGUCAUCUGCUGGUGGAUUUUCUAAUGCCUUAUCUUCACUUAGUACAUUGCGUCCAGGUGAAAUUCCAGAUGCUGCCUUUAUUCAUGCAGCCCGCAAGAGAAGACAGUUGGCUCGUGAGCUUGGUGACAGUGUUCCUAAUGAUACUGAAUCUGGGAAAAAACACAUUUCACAAGAGGAUGAAAAUGAUGUUAGUGAUGAUGAUGAUGAUGAGGAGAAACGCAGAAUUAUCUUCACUGUAAAAGAAAAGACGCAAAGGCAAAAGAUUGCAGAGGAAAUAGGAAUUGAAGGAAGUGAUGAUGAGGCUCUUGAUGCAGGUAUACAAGAUGAAGAAUUAAAUCGCUGGGAACAAGAACAAAUUAGGAAAGGAAUUAGCAUCCCUCAGGUUCAGACCAACCACCAGGCAGAUUCAAAUUUGUACUACCAAAAUGUCUAUGAAGCUACUGCCUAUGGCUCGUCAUAUGGAAUUUCCUACUCCUACGGUUCAUAUGGGGCAGAAGAUCCUAAACUUUUGAAGCCUGAGAGUACAGGAAGUUACACAUCUUGUAGUAAUAGCAUGACUCCUAUCAGUAUGGAUUUAUUAAAGAAACGGCUGAAAGACAGGUAUGAAUCAAUGAAGGAAGUUCACUCAAAGAAUCAGAAGCAAUAUGAACAGAAUCAGCAACAGCUAGAAUCCUCCACCAGCUUGAUAGAGAGGCUGGAAGGCUCCUCUGAUGGCAUUGCUGACCAGUAUAAGUUCUUGCAAGAAAUGCAAGGGUAUGUCCGAGACUUGCUUGAGUGUUUCAGUGAAAAGGUACCUCUUAUUCUUGACCUUGAGUCUGCAAUGCAUCAUUUGCUUAAACGGAGAGCUUCCAGACUUGUCCAGAGGCGGCAAGAUGAUAUUAAAGAUGAAUCAUCGGAAUUUGCAAGUCAUUCAAGCAAAACUGUGGUAGCACCAAGCUUAGACUCUUUUGGACGUGAUCGAAAGGCUUAUUUGGAAAAUGCUAAACAGCGAAGAAUAGCAGAAAGAGAAGCUAGAAGGACUCGACGUAGACAGUCAAGAGAACAAAAUGGAAAAAGAGCAGAACAUCAUGAAGGCCUUUCCAGUGAUGAUGAGGAAACUUCCACAGAUACGACAAGUUUUAAUUUAGAAAAAGAAAGAAUUUUUCAAGAUUCUAAGAAGCUUUUUGAGGAUGUUUUGGAGGACUUUUAUUCUAUUGACUGUAUAAAGUCAAGGUUUGAAAUAUGGAGAAAGAUCUAUUACAGAUGUUACCAAGAUGCAUAUAUUGGACUUUGCUUGCCAAAACUCUUCAAUCCUUUGGUACGACUACAACUUAUCCCUUGGACACCUUUAGAGGCAAACUGUCCUGAUUUUGAAUCUAUGAUCUGGUUUGAAUCUUUGCUUUUUUAUGGCUGUGAUGAAGAGGAAGAGACACAAAAAGGUGACGUUGAUGUUCAUCUUCUUCCAUCAAUAGCUGAGAGGGUAAUCAUUCCAAAGCUUGCAGUUUUAAUUGAUGAAGUAUGGGAUCCCAUGUCAACUAGUCAAAGUGCACGGCUGGUAUCUUUUGUGCAGAAAUUAAUUAAUGGCUAUCCAUCAGUUCUAAAUGGUGAAAACAAAAGCACACAGGAGCUGUUAAAAACAAUUGUGAUGCGGACACGAAGAACCUUGGAUGAUGAUAUUUUCAUGCCUUUAUAUCCCAAGCAUGUUUUAGAAAACAAAAACAGUGGACCAUAUUUGUUUUUUCAGAGACAGUUCUGGUCCUGUGUAAAGCUCCUUCAGAAUAUUCUCAUGUGGCAUGGAAUUCUUUCAAAUAAAUGCCUGAGAGAACUGGCAUUGGACAGCCUAUUGAAUCGUUAUAUUCUUCUAGCUCUUCAGAAUUCUGAUCCUGGGGAAGACUGCAUUUUAAAAUGUCAAAGUGUGGUGGAAUGUUUUCCCAUGCAGUGGUUUUCAAAUCAAAAAGGGCAACAGACUAUCCCCCAUUUAGAGAAUUUUUGCCGCUUCCUUGCACAUUUAACCAGCACAAUAUACAGGGUCAGCAUUGGUCUUUCUGAUACAGAAAAAAGAAUUGCAAGGGAUCAUAUCAAGACUGUAAUCAAGCUGCUAGCUAGCAUGCACGCUGUGGAUCAUGUGAUUACAGUUGCCAGUGAGCAUGCCAUAAAGGAUGUAAAAGCAUUUCUUGAAAACAAAUAAUGUUGGUCUUUCUUCCAUUGCUUUUCUUUAUCAUCUGUAAAUAUGUACAUUAGGGAACACUUUGAAUAUUAUUAAAUGUUGCUAAAACGAUUGGAAUCUUUGGUGUGUUACCAAAUGAUUUUCAGUCAUGAUUUAUACUGGUCUUUAGGAAACUGUAAAGUACAGAGCACCCCCAUUUUUAUAGAGCAUAUCACUUUCUAAAAUGAUGUUUUUAAUAUGAGCAUGUAAAAAUUAAAAAUGUCAUUCAUUUGUGAAGCCAAAUUGGCUUGAUGCCAAAAAAUGUAAAAAAUAAAAAGAUGUGGUAUACCUUGCAUUAUAAUUCUCAUGAGAUAGUUAUUUUUAUUUUUUAUGUAUAGUCAGGAGUAAAUCCUGGGGUAAAGAGGACACCUUAACAAACAUAAAUUAUGCAUUACCCAUGUACUCAUAUGGUCUGCAAAAUCAAAAGUGGGUGGAUAAUUAGUCUUUUAUGAUUAAGUAAAACUUUCUUUGUAACUAUAAAACCUGCAGAGACAACCACUGGAAUAAUUUAUUUCAUGUUUCCAUGAAUGGAAAGAGUUCUGCAUAUUAUCUUAACAUGUGCUUAAUUAUUUUUGAUAAGUGGUUUAAAUCCUUUUUCAGAUGUGUAAUUAAUAUACAAUUUUAAGCCUUACAGAGGAAUAUAAGAAGUAAAGAUUGCAACCCCGCCAGAAAUCGGGCAAAGCAAAUUUAAGGGUUCAGAGAAUUAUGGUCCCCCUGUAUGUAUCAGACUGCUCAUUAGCUGAUGGACAAAAAUUAACUUUCAGACAGCACUAGGAAUAUGUUAAAAUGUUUUAAAGAUGUUUUAUAAACCUGGGGUUUGUGCUGGUAGGGUCUAGUCCCUAACAGGAAAUGGUGUAGCCCUUGACUCUCCUUGCGAUUUUAAUAAGCUUGUACUACAACCUUUCCUUUCCAUCAGAAGGGAAAAAUAUAAGAAAACUGUUUUUGAACCUUCAACAUUUGGUAUUGUGAGGUACUUUUUUUAAAAUGUGUUCACAUAUAAUGAGGAAAGCACCCUCUGCAAUUGACAUCUCUGUUGGUCUUUCAAUGUGCAUCAGUCCUCAUGAAACUGUUCAAUGCCCGGUUGACUAAUUUUUGUUGAAAUAUGUCACACUUUUCUGUCAAGGAAAUUUGUUGGGAAAGUUUAUUUUUUAUUGAGUUAUCUCAAACAGAACAUGCUUUACAUAUUUUUCAAUUUUUACAAUUUCCCAUUGAAAAGCACAGGAAAAUUUGCAAACUCAUCUGCAUUAAAACAGAGAAGUUUUCUACUUGGCUUCAGUUAUUUUACCACUUCAAUCUGUAUGUUUUGUAUAUUUUUCAUCAUUUACUUGGUCAGCAGCAACUGCUAAUAAUAAAAUUGAUCCCCUGUACAAGUUAGUGAAAUGCCAGGAGAGGUGUGCAUGCAAGAUGCUUAUAUCCCUGCUCAUCUUCUUUUGCUUCUUGAGGUAAGUUAACCUUAAAAGUAAAACAAAAAAUAAAGCCAAAAAGACACUUACCUAGAAAUGAUUUUAAGAGGAAAAGAAUUAUGUAAGUAUUAUGUAAAAAAACAUGUACUUGGUAUUUUUAUUACACUAAUAACAAUCUCGUAGUUCUAUCUGCACAUUAUGUCGGGCAUUUGUAUUUCUGUGACACUAAUUUAUAGGUAGAACUCCAGAUUAGCUGUCCAUCAUGGUAAAAAGCAGCCAACAAUUUUAACACUCCAUCGGGCACUUCAAAACUGAAAUUUAAACUACAGUUAGUCACAGUCCCACUACAUCCAACAUUAUAGCACAUCAGUUAAUGCCAUUUUUACCUCACUAGGAUUGGACUCUGAUGUCUGUGAAUGCUAUUGAACCUCGGAUGAACCUUUUUGGGCUUAAUUUUUAACUACAGGUUAUUGUAAAGUGCAGUUUAAAAAACAUGUUUAAUGUGUUUUUUUGCAUGGGCUUGUAGGCAGCAGGCAACAAAGGGUUAACAGCAGAAAUGUCACUGUACCUGUUCAGGCAGCUGUCACAGAGAAAUUGAGCCUAUCCUAAAACAACUUCACAAAGAUGAUU